CGUAGAAAAGAUGGCGUCUGUCUCAGAGAUGUACGAUGUGGGUUGGGAAGAGAUGAGAGACAAACUGCGUAAGUGGAGAGAAGAUAACUUCAGAAACAGUGAACAGAUUGUGGAUGUUGGAGAAGAACUCAUUAGUGAACAUGGAUCUAAACUGGGAGACGACAUAUGGAUUAUUUAUGAGCAGGUGAUGAUCGCAGCGCUGGACUGCAGUCGGGAUGACUUGGCUCUGACCUGUCUACAGGAACUGAGGAAGCAGUUUCCAGAUAGCCACAGAGUGAAGCGAUUAUCAGGCAUGAGGCUGGAAGCUUUGGAAAGGUACGAUGAAGCCAACAAGCACUACGAUGCCAUUCUCCAGGAGGACCCCACCAAUACGGCAGCGAGGAAGCGCAAGAUCUCCAUAUUGAAGGCCCAGGGGAAGAGCACUGAAGCCAUCCGGGAGCUCAAUGAGUAUCUGGAACAGUUUGUCGGAGACCAAGAGGCAUGGCACGAACUGUCGGAGCUCUACAUCAACGAACACGACUAUGGAAAAGCUGCGUUUUGUCUGGAGGAGCUGAUGAUGACCAAUCCUCACAAUCACUUGUACUGUGAGCAGUACGCUGAGGUGAAGUACACCCAGGGGGGGCUGGAAAACCUGGAGCUGUCCAGAAAGUAUUUCGCCCAGGCGCUGAGGCUGAACAACCGAAACAUGAGGGCAUUGUUUGGUCUGUACAUGUCUGCGAGUCACAUCGCUGCCAGUCCGAAAGUUAGUGCCAAGGUGAAGAAGGACAAUAUGAAGUACGCAUCCUGGGCUGCAUCGCAAAUAAAUAGAGCCUAUAAGCUGGCCGGGCGUGGGACCAAGGAGAACAAAUGUUCGGUGAAAGCUGUGGAGGAGAUGCUGGAGUCCAUGCAGAUCACCAUGUCCUAAGACACGUCCUCUGACUCCGCCUUAAGCCCCGCCCUCCCCCGGUGUCUUCGGAUCAACAUGGCAGCUUGGACGGCCUGGUGACGUGACCACACCUCCAUCUUAAACCCAUUCUCUCAGUACCUCCAAGUCCGGUUCUGCUCUGAUUCAACCUGACACGGACAAUGGAACACAUUUGUUUCCCUCAAGUGCAAAGAUUUCCUCACUCAUCCGGAAUCUCCGACGGCGAAUUCCAAGUACUGUUUCAGUUAUUGAACUCGAGUUUUUCUACCUAACGUUAGUCCAGAUUGUCCCUCACAUGGCUGCGUCUGCUCCCGGUGUCUUUUAGCUUCUUCUUCUUCUUCUUCUUGUCUAGUACCACUAAUGUUUGACUGACCCGUCGAGGAUGAAACCGUGUGAAACAG